AUGGUGUCAGUCACCGUCGCUGCUGCUUAUUCGAGAUCCUCUGGCGACGAGAUGCUGGUGCAGCUGUUCUCGGUCCUGGCGUUCCUGUGCCAGACUUUAGCUCUUAACAUCAGCCACCCGUGUGACAUCGAGGAAAACCAGGCUGCAUGGAUAGCGAACCACGUGAAGAAGGAUGUGGUGGUAGUGGGCGCAGGGAUCGCGGGGCUCUCAGCGGCCAGGAAACUAAUCGCCAAAGGAUUCUCGGAUGUCCUCGUCUUGGAGGCUCAGGACUACCUCGGUGGAAGAGUCAAGACCCAUAGGGAAGGAGACAUUCUGACGGAGGACGGGGCCGAGUGGAUCAAUGGGGGCUGGAUGAACCCUCUUUAUGGUCUCGCGGAAAACCUGGGCGCAUUAACUCAGCCACUGCCAGAUAGUGCUUACGGUGGGUGUACACAAGCAUGCAGGUUCAGACCUGUAAAUUACUGA